CUUCCUGCUUCUCGUUACUUGGUUUAGCGAGAAACUACGCCCGGUCUGACACGUCUACGUUAAGUUCUUCGGUUUGAUAAACAAAUAUUUAUACAAAUAUUUAUCAGUUGUUUACGAUCACCUUCAGAACUGGGAGUAUGUUGAAGUGGACAACAUAUAGCCUGUUCGGUCAGACCUGCUAAAAACACUCCAACAGCUCUCAAAAUGGAUUUCCAGAAGCUGCUCUUAGAUGUAGGGAAGGCCCUGUCUACGGACGAUGUAAAAGCUCUUGCAUAUCUUUGCACUGACCUCCUGGACCGAAACCAGACCUCAGUGGAGGCCAGAGACCUCUUCCGUCAUCUGCAAGAUAAAGACCACCUCUCUGCGGAGCGACCACACCUGGUGAAGGAGCUUCUCCUCAUCAUCAAACGCAACCGUCUGAUCCGAGACCUUGACUUUACAACCAGCAACCUCAUCUCUCCUUACAGAAAGCUGCUUUACAACCUGUCUGAGGGGAUUACUGAUGACGACUUGAGAAAUGUGAAGUUCUUGUUGAUCGGAAGGCUUGACCGUAGAAAACUGGAGGAAAAUGUUUCCACACUGGAGGUCUUCCUGGCGAUGGAGCACAUGGACCUCAUCAAUGACACUAAUCUAAAGCUACUGGAGACCAUUGUCCAAUCAGUCUGUCCCAUGUUGAAAGAGAAGAUCAACUGCUUUAAAGCACUGCAGGAAACUAACAUCAGCCCUGCAGCUGAAGAAACAGGUCGGCAAAGAUCAGUGUCCUUCCCAAGUGAUCAAAACCAGGUCCCUCAAUCUUUAGAUCUUGAGAGGGUUGCCUCAUGUCACCUAGCAGAAAUAUUCCCUUCAAUGAAUGAGUCUACCAUGAAUACUUCAAACACCUCUUUGGAUUUACCAGAGGGGCUUCACGUUGGACAAGCAUGUGAGGUCCUGCCUGGACUGAGUGAUUUAAACAUUGGAACAAGCAGCUGUGGCUCCUUGAAAGGGAGGAUUGAUGCUUUGGAAAUGUUGCCUUCUCAGAAAAACAUGGCUUCCUCUGAAAUGAAUACAUCUCUGGCUACAAACACACACAUUGAGGUUUUGGGAAAAUAUCCCAUGAUUGCAGCAGAAAGAGGAAUCUGCUUGAUUGUGAACAACUACAAAUUUGCUCGAGAUCUCAAGACACGGGAGGGCACCAAUUUGGAUGCAGAGUGUCUGUGGAAAGUGUUUGAAUGGCUCGGCUUUGAGACGGUGUUGGAGAAGGACCUUACAGGGGAUGAGAUUCUGUCCGUGAUGCAGAAGCUCGGCGAUAGGAACCACAAUCAGAUGGAUUGUCUGGUUUGCUGCAUCCUCAGCCACGGCAAGGAGGGGAGUAUUCACGGUGUGGACGGUCAACCUGUCGAGAUCAAGAGACUGAUGGAACGUGUCAAUGGAUCCCAUUGCCCCUCUUUGGCAGGGAAACCCAAGCUCUUCUUCAUCCAGGCCUGCCAGGGCACCAGUGAGCAAAAGGCUGUUUACAUUGAGGCUGACGGUCCUGCAGAAAGUUCUAUUUUCAGCGAUGCUUAUAAAGCCAGUGACACCAUCCCAGCAGAUGCAGAUUUCCUGCUGGGAAUGUCCACCGUUACUUCUUUUGUCUCUUUCAGAGACAAGAGAAGUGGCUCGUGGUAUAUUCAGUCAUUGUGCCAAAACCUCGUCCAGAUGGUGCCAAUAGGAUGUGAUCUUGGGUCUAUCAUGACCAAAGUGAAUGCAGAUGUUAGCAAGAAGUCCAAUGGUAUAAGGAAGCAGAUGCCUCAACUAGUUUCCAUGCUCAGGAAGAAUUACGUCUUUCCGAUCCCGGAGGCCCCUGCUCCCGUCCUCCCAGCCUGAGACCAUGACAACAACAAUCUGGUGUCAGAUGAUCCCUGAGACACAAGGGGUUUACAUCGGCUAUUCACCAUUUUAAUCUGCUGGAUUCAUUGUUAUAAAGCAGUGUUUUUAACAGUGUUUUCACAACAACACCUGAGACAGCUCCUUUUGAUAAUAUAGAAUAUGAAAUGUAGUUUUGAAGAAGAGAGGAUGAUGAAAUAGAUACAUUUUGAACUAUUUUUGUAUAAAUACACCUGGUAUGAUACACACAGUAUGCACACAAGUUCAAUUCCCUUUCUCUAUUUAAAGCUGCACAUUUUUACAGAAUAUAUAUAUAUAGUGUAGAACUUCAAUAAAUUGUUUGAGCUAAUCAUGCACAUACAACCAGCAAUUUAUGCAACAUCCAGCUCUUUAAAUGUUAAUUGAAAUGUUGCAGGAUCAUUAAAAGGCAUGAAAAGUCAGAUAUUCCUGGUACAAUCACCAUACACAAGAUGAUCUCCCAAAUGUAAUUGUUCUAUUUUUGCUAUCGUCACUUAAUACAACUUUAUAUAUGCUUAAUUUUACUUUAUACAUAAGUGCAGUUAUUAAUCAAUCAUCAGAAGUACAGGACAUCUUGUGGUGUUCUAACAGAGAUUUUAUACCAAUGAGAAAAUGCAUUGUAAUGUGAAAAUAUUUCUUAAUUCCUGUUCAUUCUUACUGUUCAUAUGCACUGAACUAAACCAACAAAUAUUA